AUGCUGGAGCCUCCCGAAACGCCAGCUCCCGUGUUUGCGAUGCGCGCGUUUAGGAGCGCUUUAUUUGGUACUCCCGGUGGAGAGGAAACGGAGCCAGAGGACACGAAAAAAGACGAAGAUCAGAUCUCCCAGCCUGAACCCUCAAAUAAUCAACGAAGUCAAAGUGACUCGUCCAAACCUAUCUUGUUUGAGAGGGAGCUCCCGAAACCAGACAUCGGCGCAACGUUCAAUCCCUCGGGAUCGCCCACGAAGAGUAUACUCGUCACGCCCGGUACUAUCGCAAACCGUCGGAAGACCGUCUCUUUCGGGGAAGGCGUAGUUGACAACGAAGGCAAGCGAGAGAGUCAGUCCAGCCGGGCACCGAAGACACCUCCGAAUCCCUCCGGAAUUACCGCCCAGUGGAUGUCAGGCUCAGCCAACGGAAAGCCACCGAGCAAAUUGACACAGACACUGCUGGAUGCUCGCGAAAACGCGUCCAAGAACGCCGAUUCGAUCAAAUCUUCGCAAGAUCCACCGUCCGAAACAAAGCCCACCACGCACACGGUGCCAAAGGAGGAAGCAGGCAUGGAGGACAUCACAAUGAAUCUAGACGAACCGCGCUCAGAGUCUGGCAAGUACUGGAAAACGGAAUUUGAUAAUUACCGUGUGCGCACCAAUCGCGAGAUCAAGAAGCUCAUCCAUUAUCGAUCGAUCGCCAAGUCCUAUGCGCGAAAGAAGGAUUCGGAGGCCUCACGCCUGGCAGAUAAACUACGGGAGGAAGAAGAAAAGGUGGCAGACAUGGAACGGCAAGUAACACGUCUGGCUGCCACAAUCGUCGGGGAGGGGUCGAAAGCAGAUAAGGAGCAAUUGAUCCGAGAUUUGACCAAGCAGACCACUUUGGCGUUGCAGUACAAGCAGCAGGUCACUUCUUUGCGCAAUACCUUGGAGCAGCAAGGCGUCAUCAAACACGGCGACAUGGAGAAUGCUCGUUCAGAAAAGGACGAGAACUCGACAAAGGAUACAUCAAGCUCUGCAGAAGAGUUGCGCAAAGCACAAGAAGAGCUCAAACAAGCAAAUGCCCGGGUCGAAGAGCUCAAGAAGGGAAAUCCGGAUCUGAGUGCGCUCAAGAGUCUUGCGCAAAGUUCCGAAAAGAAAGCCCAGGAGCUUGAAAAGGAGAAUCAGACUCUGAAGCAAACUUUGGCACGUGUCAAGCAAGAGAUGUCCCGAUACGAGGGCCGACGCAAGGAAAAAGAGGCCAGGCUCAAACAACGGGAAACGAAGCUCGAAGCUCGUAUUCAAGAGUAUCGUGAUCGCCUAAAGACGACGGCUCAAGAGCACCGCGAGUCGGAAGAGAAGCUGCGGGCCAGCUUCGAAGAGGAGCGUCGUCGCAUGCAGAAUCAGAUCGAUCUGCUCAAAAUCAAGGCAUCCGCAUCAGCGUCAGACCGUCAUGAGCAUGUUCCACGACAGCGGCAGCAGCAACAGCUACCACUCAGUCCGCACAAGACGGACGAGGGCAUCCGUAUACAAGACUUUGGUUUGGUCGAUGAUCUUCAACCUGACAACGACGAUGGCACUGAAGAAUCCGACGGGCCGCCGAGUCCCAGUCCUCGUUCCAAGACCCGGGAAAGAGGCCAUUCCGCACGCAAUAUAUCCACGGGUACCAUUGACGUAAAACGCGCCACACGAGCUGUCGCGGCCAACGACGAUGAAGUCACGCACUAUUUGAACGAAAUUUUACCAAGACCCGGUCCAACCUACCGGAGCAACCUGGCCGCGGUGCCCCCGUCCUCUCCUCCUGAUAUUCCCGCAUUGAGAUCUCUCGACCGCAACACACAGAAAGUGCACAACGUGGAUGAGAAGCAGCGCAGCUACCGCUCACUUUACCGGCGUGAUCCCGCAGGCAACAAGGACGACCGAUAUGGAAUUCUUACUCACCAGCCCCGUUCACAUAUCAAGACUGCACUCGAGUCAAUGUCUCCACUUCCGUCAUCGCGCCUGACAUAUGCGGGGAAUACCUUGACCGGGGCAACUCGUGGACUUCGUCGGACGGGGCUGGCUGACUUGAGGGCAGAUGGCUUGUCACCGGAACGGCGUGCUGCAGCGCUGUCCAGGUUAAAGCAGAAAGAGGAUCUCCGAAGGAUGAAUAAGAUGGGCAAAGAGAAUAGUGCUGGACAAGUACGAAGUUGA